GUCAGGGUGAUCCAGGUUCGCGUGAUCCGUUGGCCAGAGGCGACGGUCUUCGGCGGCGAGCCAGCAGAGAGAUGGCGUUUCGCCGAGAUCCAGACCGUGGAGCGCCGAAUCGUGCAGGUUGGCGUCGAGCGUCGCAACGAUGUGGAGCUCCAGCAGCAGAUCAGCACCUAUGUGGCCGGCAUCGUUGACUUCCAGCAGGGCAGGCACGAGCUGGAGACCGUAGGUAUGCGCUUGAGGGUCACUGAGGCGGAGCUCGAGACGGCGAGGGACGGCCUCAGGGUCGAGUACGACGAGGCCAAGCAGUACUUGAACCACGAGAAGAGCGAGUACGAGCAGCAGAUCCGUCGUGCUCGGCAUGCGGCUACCACCCACAUCCAGCAAGAGUUGCAGCAGUGCGUCGAGGAGCGCGACGCUGCGAUGGUGCGGUCCAGGGAUGUCCACAAUGCCGAGAUGCGGGUCUUGGAUGCCGAGGCCAAUCACGUCUUGGUUGCAGGUCGUGCUGAGAACGAGCUGCGGUCUGAAGUCGGAGCGAUCAAGAGGGCGCGAGACACGCUUCAGACCGAGUGGACCGAGGCGACCGAGCAGGUCCGGAGCGCCGAGGCCAAGGUGCAGCAGAGAGGCAUCGCAAAGGACCAGGACUUCGAGCGUCUCAAGGCGGAGGCGAGCGACCUGAAGUUCAAGUUGCAAGAGGAGUCCGAGAUCGCGCAGUUGGCGCGGCGGCGGCUGACUACGCGUGCCCAGUCGUCGGACGACCAGCUGCGAGGGGAGCUCAACGACGCGGCCAUGAAGUGCGAGAUGGUGGAGGCCGAGGCGUCCAGGCAGAUCGCGGCUGCGUGGGCUGAGUGCGACAUGAAGGUCGAAUCAGCUCAGCACGAGGAGCGGGAACACAAGCGAGGCGCAGAUUCGGCCAGGGUGAAUUUCUACGCAAGCCAGGCUUUGCACAACACCGAGAAGGAAUACUACGAGCACGAGGUCGACGAGUUGCGCGCCGAGUCCCGCGAGUUGAGGGACGAGAAGGCGGCCUUGGCGAGGGCGGCCCAGGAGCUGAUGGACAUCCAAGCUCCAGGACCGCAUGAGCAUGAGUACGCCGAAGGCCAUUGGGAGCAGCAGGACGACAUGGAUUUCGGCAGUCGGACUGGACCAGUCGAUCCAGGACCUGCGGUCCCACCAGGACUCUCGAGGCAGUCGGCGGCAACGCCGGGUGCAUCGUCCCAGGACGCUGGCAUCGCCGCAGCCAUGAUGGAGUUCAUGCGCCAGAUGGCCGACCAGCAGCGUGCUGGGGUCGAGGAGCAGAGCGCGCUGCUGAAGGGGCUUACGCGCGCCCAGGAGAGCUUGGCCGAGGCGCAGCGCGAAUCCCAGUCGAAGCUGAAGCCAGCGAAGCCUUCGCUCACGGGCAAGGAUGCGAGCACCUUGAAAGUCGAGCUUGAGAAGUUCCGCACCUACCAGAACGAAGCGCGCCAGAACAGCAAGGCGAUCUGGUUCGAGGGCGCGAGGGCCAUCGCUGAGGGCACCGCGAAGAUCGAGCUCGAAGACAUGAUCGUUACCGAGAUGGGUGGCGAGGAGGCCUUCCAGAAGCUG